UCGAUUUUCUAUGGUCCUCACUGGAUACUCAGUUGACGACGAUUUAUGUAAUCCCCUGUAAUUUCCUCAAAUGUCCUCCACCACCCGCUCUCAGUCGAUUAAUAUUGACUGUUCCCUAAUUACUCGCACUUUCCGGUGUAAACAUUCGCGCGAGGUCGAGUCGUGUUGGACAAACCUCAUCCUAGCAUUUCCGUCUCGGCCAAACCUGUACCCUACAGUAAGUUUUGAUGUCGAUUCUUUCCGGUCAAUUUUAAUCUAGGUAAGAAGAAUGCCUCAUCAACCCACCGGAGAAGAAGUAAAACAGAUUCGAAGCAGCUUCCAGGACUUAUAAACACGCCGGUAACAUUCCAUCCCCCUCCGUCGCGGUCAGACGUUUUACGGCGAGAAUAUGACAGGCAAAGGAUGGAACUGCAAUCAAGCAGCGGACAGACAGUGGAUAUCCGAAGCAGGGAACUGACAGGGUCCGGUAAAAAUGCAUCUAGGCUAAAGAAAAGCAGUCCUAAAUCGGAGAGUUCCAGAUCAGCUCGGUUCCAGUACGACGCUAACGCGACUCCAACAUUCCCAGAUUACGAAGCUCAGUUGGCUGAGCAGCAAGAAAUGGCGAUUUUAGCUGUGAUGAAUGAAAAAGAAGCCUUGAUUUUGCAGAAAAGGAAGGAUAAAAAGGCCCUAGAUGACUGGCGGGAAAAGACUAAACUCCUUCGUCAACAAAAGCAGAGGCUUUCCGCCGUAAAGGGCUCUUCAACGGUUGAAGUAAAAGCACCGUAUGGAACCGAAAAAUCUGCCAAGGAAGAUGAAAAGUCUCCUCACGGCUACGCGAAGAAACUAAAGGAACUAUUGGAGGAAAAGGAUGGCAAAGGAGCGGCCAGAAGGACGCUUGAAGACCGUGAUUUGGAGAAGAGAAUUAAGGUGCACAUGGAAAAGUUAAAAGAGCACCGAGGCAAAACGUACGGAUCGAUAGAGGAAGAGCUUGAAUCUGCAAGAAAGAACCUAGAAAUGGCUCGUGAGUUUCAGCGUGAAGUCAAAGACAGAAAACAGUUGGAAUAUCGCUUGAGGGCCUUUACUGGAGACGAUGUGUCGUCUAUGACCCGGAACACAAAAGAAAAGACAAAAAACGCUCCGAAAUAAAGAUCAACUGCUCGGAUAAUGUUAUGUACAUAAGAUUGUGGAGAAUUUUACACAGAGUGGUGUCUGAGUUAUGUUUUAAGAUUAAUAUAUGAUGAACGUUUUCUAUGAUUUAUAGCCGUUGGUUACGAAAGGAAUUAUUUCAGAAUGUGUCAUAUUUAUACUUUUGAAAAUCACAAUACUUUUAGUUUCCUCACCAGUGCUGUUAUUCACUGUGCAAAAAAUAAAGAGAUAAAGAUCA